GAGGGCGCUGUAGUACAUCAACUACAGGAACAUGUGACGUCAGCACAGUCUCUUCCUCGCUGGUCAUCUGUUUUGGUUUUGAGCGGCGAGCUUUCCCCUCGAUCAUCACAACAGUGUCAAACAAGCGUUGAUGCUCUGACGAAUAACAGACCGUCGUCCCCCCUACAGAGUGACCAUGGACCAAUCGGACGGGCUCGCGUACGACCAGGCCGAGGCGGCCAACUCCAUGCGGGAGCGGACCAUCGUGGAGAACAGCCUGGUGGUCCUGCUGCAGGGUCUACACGGCCAGGUUACCACCGUGGACCUGCGCGACGAGAGCACGGCCCGGGGCCGCGUAGUCAACGUGGACGCCUACAUGAACGUGCGCCUGGCCGACGUGCUCUUCCGCGACCGGAGGGGGCGCGUCUCGCGGCUGGAAGACCUCUUCAUCACCGGCAGGAACGUGCGCUACGUGCACAUCCCCGACAACCUGGACAUCACGGACACCAUCGAGAAGCAGCUGGGCAAGAUCAGCCGCAUGCGGAAUUACGCGGGAGAUCGGGGUAGCAAGAAGAAGACGAAAAAGUGAUUUAUUUUGAUGUGACGUCGAGACUGGAACUUGAACUUGAAGACGUGCACGCACGCACAUACACACACACAUGCAUAACACACAAACGCACGCACAAACACGUCCCCCCUUAUUUAUUUGUCUUUUGAAAUGAUUUCUUUUUCUUGAGUCUUUUGUUGUCCGAGGAUGAAUAUAGCCGCCCAGCAAUGUGUUGACUUGGAUAUACUUUUCUUUAAAUAAUCUUUGUGUUCUGUUACAUAAUAUAAUGUGUUACGUGCUAUAAUUCCUUCCCGCUGAGUCUAUCCUUUGAACUUUAGAAAUUACAUUAAUGAAGGAUUCUGGAAUGUUUCUGAAUUGCAGAAUAAACAGGCAACUUUUUAAUUGA